AUGUUACCUGCAAAUAAUUUUACAAGUCCUCAAAAUUUCAGUACUAUUCGUACUACUUUAAUUUUAUCUGACGGCCAAUGUCUGCCAAAUGUUAUGGAGAAAAUAUUGAAUGAGAAGUUAUGUGAUCUGAUCUUAGGAUUGGAUUUUUUUGAUCAAAAGACAUUGACCACUCCAGUGACUUCAAUAGAUAAUAAAACUUUUGAGUUGACAGAAUCGAAUCUUAGCAAUUUAAUUCAGCUUGAUCAUUCUUUAUGCAAAGAUCUAAUCCAAAGUUUCAAAGAGGAAAAUGUUACGUGGGCUCAGUGGAAUGAUUAUGAAUUAAAAGAGAAAUUGAUUCUUUAUUAUUUUGAAGAACGUAGUAGUUUGAUCGAAAUUUUAUGUAAUCUGUUUUUUUCUGCACAAGAUCCGGAUAAACUCUAUCACGAUUUAGCAAGAAAAAUAGUUCACAGUAAUAUGUUGGAUAAUGGUUUUACGGAUCGUAUAUUUAAUCAAUUCGAGAGAAAAUCAAAACAAACAAUACCUCAAAAUUUUUUAAAUAUAAAUAUGACAAAAAUAUGGGCAACUCAAUCAGUUAAAGAACAAAAAAUUUUAUUGGAUCUUCUAUUCAUACGGUAUGCAGUAAAUGUUCCUGAACACAAAACACAUUUAUUAUUAAAGUUUCUUAAAUUAUCAUUAAAUACAAAAUUUGGUAAAGAUCAACCAACUGAACAAUUCCUUGAUGAUAUUGGAAAGGAAUUAAUUAUUCAAGUUCAUGAUCUUAGUCAAAUAUUUUUAAUAACAAUACUUUUUGUUGAGUUCAAAGUUGAUUUUUUAUUUCCUUCUUCACCAUAUCAAAAACAACCUGCAUCACAAGAAGAUAUUAUGCCUAUAAAUACAAUUGCGUUAACAAUGGGAAAAGAUCAAACUCAUGGAAUAUUUUUAUGGAUUUGGUCAUCAUAUUUAUCACAUCUACAGAAUUUUUUUGAUAUUACAAGUUGGCCUUAUGAAUAUCAAGCACUUGAAACAAGUGCGAACAAUAUAAUAAGAGAAUGUGGAAAUAAGGCAUUUAAUCUUAAUGUUAUUAAUUAUAUUCUUGACAUUUUAAAUGGUCCUUGUUUUCAACCGGAUGAACCAUAUAUUACUGGAUACAAAUUUAUAUUUAAACAAUUCUUUAUGUCAAUUUUUGAAGCGUACGAAGUAAAUUAUUUACCGGAAUAUUAUGGACUUAUUGAAUGUUUUGCACAAGUUUUUAGUGAACAUGGACCUAGUCAAAAAUUUUGGGAAGAUGAUUUUGAUAAUCCAAAACAUAGAUCUUUAUUAGAUUUAGCAAUAACUAGAUUUCCACAACAAUUCUAUCCACUUGUACGAUUACUUACUGCUCUUGCUUCUGAUAGUAUUUCAGCGAAAUAUGUUUUUGAAUUCAUGCAAUCCUUUCCUGUAUGUUGUUAUAUAGCUACCGAUGAUCAACUAUCUCCUGUUCUAAAUAAUGAAAAUGUUGUAUAUGCUAAAAAGUCCAUAAAUGUAUUCGAAAAUCUAUAUCAAAAAACAAUUAAAAUACCACAAGGAACUAUUGGUAAUGUGGUUUCAAUAAUUAAUGGAAAAAGAAUAAUUCGAUGGAAAUUUAAAUAUUCAGUUUGGCAUCUUUUAAUCGGCAUGCUCGAAUCUUUUCCAUUUACAAAAAAUGGAGAAAUAACGGAUUCUACUUUGUCCUCAUUUAGUGAAACCAAGAUAUCUAGGAUAUGGGAUAUUUUACGACUAUUUAAUACUGUAUUAAUCAAUGCGCCUGACCUCGUUAGACCAUUAAUGACACAUUUGGAAUCAUAUCAAGAACUUAACAAACCUAUUAAUGAUCUUUCAGAAAUUAUAUUUGGAGUGAUUAAAAAUGUUCUUGAUGUCUCAAGAAUUUCUCAUGAUGAAGUCAAUUUAAUUGCUAGUGGAUUAAAAUGUUUGAAAGCAUUGUUACCUCACUUUGGAAGACAAAUCAUGUUAAAUUUUAAGCAAUCAAGACUUUUACCACGUGCACCCGAAACUGAUUGGAUUGUAAAUGAAAUUCAAUCAACUGAUCAAUUACAGUAUUUAUUAAUUGAAAAAGAAUGUGUUUCAGGUAGUUAUCCCGUAACUACUGCAUUUUUAGAUCUUGUAAUAGAUAUGUUAAAUAAUGUUGAACGUGAUAAUUUAAUUUUGGAUCAGAAUGUUCUUUAUUCGUGCGUAUCCUAUAUUUUGAGUGUCAUUUUUGUAUCUUAUGAUCACUGGCGUUAUAAUAAUCCAGUAACACGUAUUCAAAUUGGAUCAAAAUGUUUAGAAAUAUUUAAUAGAAUCAUUCUUGGUUGUCCUCCAAUUAUUGGAAACAUUAAGUAUAAUGAACCUUUGGUAUGUACAAAAGAAAAUGAUCUUCAAAAUUCACUCAAAGAAUAUGUUACAAAUAGCUUUUUGACAGAAGGUGGAUUAUAUCAUACUCUUCCACUAUUUACAAUUAUUGAAAGAGGUAAAGACUUUCGUAAUUAUUUGGAAAAGGCAUCAAAUUAUCAAAUGGCACUUGAAUCAGCAAAAUUGUUUGAGUUGGCAUUAGCAUUUCUUUUAAGGUUACUUAAAAUUCACAAGAUAAAUGACACUCAAACAUCAUGGUUGGAAAUUACUUUAUUAGAUAGAACGACUGGAAAUAACAGUAGGGGAUUAAUUUUUGUAAUUGCGUCACUUAUCAAGUAUACAGAUAGUCCUUGUAUUCCAAUAAUGGCAUGCGAAUUGUUGACAUUACUUUUUACAUUUGCAAUCAAAUCAAUGCCAAAUUGUCUUCCUUUAAAUGGCCUUUUUGGAAGCGUUCCUGAAUCAAAAAAUUUAAUGAAAAACUAUUUAUAUAGAUUGAAGAAAGACAUUCAUAUUCCUGAAUUACAAGUUGCAAUAUUAAAUUUUUUUACUGUUGCUACACAAGCAAAAUUGGGAUUGAUUGUUUAUGGUGAUGACAAUUUCUCUGAAAUAUUUGAUCAUAAAGGUAAAGGAAAAUCAACAAAUAUAAUUCCAUCUAAUUCUUUAAUUCGAAUUGUUUUCGAAUUCUUACAAGGUUGGGAAAUUCUUUUAAAGGAAAAUCCUAAUAUUCUUCUUGCUUCAAUAAGAUUUCUUGAUGUUUUAUGGGAAAAUGCUUGGAGACCUGAUUACAAUAUCUUACAAAAUUUGCGACUAAAUAAUAAAUUUUGGGAAAAUCUGGUUUCAAUACUUCUUUCUGAAAUGAAAGCUCAAUCCAUAGAAAUUACAGAAUUAUAUUCAUCUCAAGAUCAUAUUUUCAGUGAUUCGAAUGAAAUCGUAGUACAAGAAUGUUGUCAUCUUAAUAUUAAAGCUCGAGUAUUACGAAUAUUAGCCCAUGAAAUUAGAUAUUUGACAUUUUCGACCACAAUUCUGACUCUCAAAGAUUUCGAUGAAAUUUUAAAAUUGGAGUCUUCAAAUGGUUUGAAAAUAAUGUUUACAGCAAUCAAAGAUUCCAAUAGCCUUCUUUCUUGGCUCAAGGAUUUUACUCGCAUUGAUUAUGAUUCUGUUACUCAACAUUCACUAUAUGAUAUCGUAGAUAAUUUAUUUCCAAAUAUCAAGUUGAAUAGUCUAACUGUUUUAUGUUGGAGUGAGGAUUAUGAUUUGAGUCAUAAUUAUGGGGAUAACUAUAUGUAUAACAUCAAUUUGAUGAGAGAAUUAUUACUUCAGUAUGAAGAUUCAAAAAAUAAAGAAAAUAUUUUGCUUGCUUUAUGUAAAGAGAAUCAUCAUUGGUCUAUUGUUGAUGCUCAAGUAGUUUUAUUAAGGUCAUGGAAAUAUUUUAUGGAAACUGCAUCUGAUAGAUUAAAUGGCGCACUUUGGGUUUCGAAAAAUAAAAAGGAUAUUUCUUGGCCAAUUUUGAGAGGUAUUGCAGAACGUAUUGAGGAAGAAACGAGAAAUGGGGAUCCCGUAAUGUUGGUGGUACGUGACGAUCUCGCCACAUUGUUAUUACGAUUAUUAGAACAAUUAUCUAUAUCCGAUGAUCACCCGAUAUCAGAAAGAGCCAUUCAAUAUGCUGAAUUGAUUACUCUUUUACAUAAUGGAAUUAUGAGUGUAAUCUUUCCAAUACGGGAUUCGGUCGAAGGUCGAUCCUCACCAGCAUUUCAUCGACCUUUAUUACAAUCAUUAUUAUUAUGUCUCCGUGCACUCAAUAACGCCGAUGAACAUCUAUCACGUAAUGAAAAAAUAUUAUUAGAAUUUCGGAACACUUGUCGUUCACUUCUUUCAGAAAUUAGCGCAUUAUUUGAAUCAUUGGUGAGUAAGAAAUCAAAUAACGAAGAGGAUAUUUUGACGCUCAUUGCUACAAUGGAGAAACUUAUUCAACCAUUAUGUAAUCCAUAUCCUACAGUUUGGCUUAAAAUACUAGAAGAUUAUCAUAUCAUCAAAUUACUUCUUAAUUCAUUUACUCAAUCUUUGUCGAUGCCAUGGAAAGAUCGACCCAUAUAUAUCGAUAGUGUUAUGCAUUUUAUUUUAUCGUUAGCGAAUGUUCCAGUCGCUGCUAAACAAUUAUAUUUUGAUGAAAUUAUGAUCAAAUUUUGUAAUAACAAUUUGUCACCAUCAUUACAGGCAGGAAUUGUAGUGUAUGAUCCAAAGGAAGAUUGGCAUCAAGUAUGGUGUUUUAUGUUAGCAGUAGUGACAAGUAUAUUAUGUACUAUUGAAAGUAAAGAAAAGGGAAAUUACUUAAAAAAUCUUGUUGGGUUUAUUAAUCUGUUUUCCAAUCAGAUUAUGCAUUCGAUGGCUUGUGAACUUCCAAUAAAUACGUCAUAUAUUGAGGAGAUAUUACGAACUACUAUGUUAUUUUAUCAAUUAUCUAUUCAUUUGGGACCAUCAGAUGAGACGAGUUUAUCCCGUAUUUACGAAGAUCACCUAAUAACACUUUUGGCUAAGAUAAAUUCUUUAUUUUCUCAUCCAAAAUAUACAUCUCGAAUGGUGCAACCUCUUUCUUUAGAAGAAAAAGAGCAAUCAACAACUCCUUUGUCUGAUGGUAUCAAGUCAUCUUUUAAGAAAGUUUUACCUGCUGUUGAUGUGACUUCACCGGAAUCAUAUGAAAUGAAUAGAUUUUUACAAACAGUACAACAAAAACUUUUAUUUAUUACACGUAAUAUUCUUGCAACCUACAUUAAUUUGACCAAUGCUCAGGAUGCUCUCGCAAUGUCAAUACCAAUUUGGUUAGAACAACGUAUUUACUUUGAACCCUUAAUGAAAGUUUCUGACAAAGAACCUGCUACAAUUGCUACACUUUUAGAAUUGAUGGAAUAUGGAAUUACUUUACUAAAAUUAUGGGAACAUUCACUUAAUUCUAAAAAUACAAUAGAUGAUUGGCCCUUUUGGCGAACGACAUGGAAAACGACAACAACUUUUAUUGAAAUGACAUUUAUUUUAGCAGUCUCACAAUUGACAUCAUGCCUUUAUUAUGGGCCAUAUAAAAGAAAAGAUAUUCAGGAUUUAAUGACAGAGGUUAAUGAACGUAUAGUAAAUGUACAGCGUUUAGUGAAAAAGUUAUUGGGGGAUAAUUCGAGAGGUAAAACUGAAGAACCAGAAUUACGGUCUCUGGAGGUCGUAUUACGUGGGUUACAACAAUUUAAUUACAAGAUGUUAGUAAAUGCUCGACUUUCACAUAUUUAUUCUACCCUUUCUUCCAUGCCACCAAUCGCUAAAAGCAAAAAGUACGAUUAUCUCGUUAUUGGUGGAGGUAGUGGGGGAAUAGCGUCUGCUAGGCGUGCUGGUUCUUAUGGUAUUAAAGUUGGGCUUGUAGAAUCAAGUGGUCGUUUGGGUGGAACUUGUGUAAACGUUGGCUGCGUUCCUAAAAAGAUUAUGUUUAAUACAGCGCUUAUUUCUGAAGCUUUACGUGAUGCUAAAUCUUAUGGCUUUGAAUUAAAGACUAUCCCAACAUUUAAUUGGGGAAUUCUAAAGAAAAAACGUGAUGAUUAUAUUAGACAAAUUCCUGGUUCGAAAUUUGGCAUUACCAGUGAUGAUUUUUUCAGUCUUGAAGAACAACCAAAAAAAGUUUUGGUAGUGGGUACCGGUUAUAUUGGAGUCGAAUUAGCUGGUAUCUUUAACUCUUUAGGUAUUUUAAUGGGUACUGAUACUACACUUUUAUCUCGAUCGGGAGAAGUAUUGCGUAAUUUUGAUCCAAUUAUUAAGAAAACUAUCUUUGAAGAAAUGAAAAAAGAGGGCAUUCACUUCUUAACAUAUGGUAAUGUUAAAUCAUUAUCACGGGAUACCGAGAAAGGACCAGUUAAAGUUCAAUUCAAAUCAAACGAGACGGGUGACACGGAAGACGAGUUUGAUCUACUUUUAUGGGCAGUAGGAAGAGACCCAAAUGUUCAUGAUUUAAAUUUGGAAAGAGUUGGUGUUAAGUUAAAUGAUAAAGGAUACAUUAUCAGCGAUGAAUAUCAAAAUUCAACUGUAGAUAAUAUAUUUGCGUUAGGUGAUGCAUGUGGUGUGGCACAAUUAACACCUGUCGCUAUCGCCGCUGGACGACGUUUAUCUGAUCGUCUUUUUGGACCACCCAAAUUCAAUCAAAGUAAACUUGAUUAUAACAACAUUCCUACUGUUAUUUUUCACGGUACUUGUGGUACAGUUGGUUUGACUGAACCGAAGGCAAGAGAAAAAUAUGGUGAUAAUAAAGUUAAAACUUAUACUUCUAAAUUUGUAAAUAUGUAUUAUUCGAUGACAGAGAAUAAACCUACAACAGCAUAUAAACUCGUAGUAGUAGGUGAAGAAGAAAAAGUAGUCGGCGUUCAUAUCAUUGGAAAGGAUUCUGCUGAGAUUUUACAAGGAUUUGCAGUUGCCGUUAAAAUGGGCGCUACAAAACAAGAUUUUGACAAUACAGUGGCUAUACAUCCUACCGCUGGAGAAGAAUUGGUAACAAAAUUAUAA